UUCAAUGGUAGCGGCGAUGAUGGCGUUAGUGGUAGUGAUGAUGGUGAUCAUGGUGGUAGUGGUGACAACGGCGUCGAUGAUGAUACACAACUCAAGUCUAUGAAUUGAGGAUUACCAUUCUCUCCCUUGGUUCGUGGAUUAAGAAGCUUUCAGGCUUCCCGCUGAAGGCUGGAGAAACUGGUCGGUCUGUCGUGGAUUUGUGGGGAUGUUAUGUGAUCGGGUUACGUGUUCCAACAGUGGUCCUCGAAGGCUACCCGAGGAGGAUACCUUUUAUCCAUGGUUCAGCUUCGACGAGCUUAUGAGCCAUGAAGAAGAUACGCGGUUGAGAACCGAAGACCGGGAAGAAGACGACGAGAAAGAGUUUGAAGAACGUCCAGUAAUGUCUUCGGUUUCGAUUAACAAACUUCAGAUUUUGUGGGAUCAUUUUAUACAUGCAGAACCGCAAAGCUACGAGAAAUCAUGCUGGCUGGACAUAUUUCUUGCAGAAUUUCUUGCUCAAAUAAAAGAAGGCCGAGAAGUGAAAGAUGCCCUAUCGUUUUGCUCCGUCGGCGGUGGUGGCGUAUCUACCCUCAUAGCUUGCGAGCUGCUCUCCGAUGUUCACGAACUUUGCGCAAAAAGGAUCGACGGGGACGAACUUGUCAGACUGAGAAAGUAUUUGGCGCAAGAUCGUGGCUGGCGUUGUUUAGCCACUCUACACUUACUCGGUGUACGCGGGCUUUCCUGCGGACGGGAAUUCGUAGCUCUGCUCAUCGCUUUGUAUCCGGUUGUCCUGCAAGAGGAGACAAAGCGUAACAAAGAUGAUUCCGUUUCAUCGAAUCCCCCCACGCGCAAUCCUUACGUAAAAUUCUAUCCGGACGACAACACCGUCGAUACGAUAGAUAUCGUGUCGCACGUGAAACGCAAAGCGACGAGAUCGAAUCGAAGCAGCAUCUUUUACGAGGGCAAUGCGUCGUCGAGGAGGAAGGCGAGUCGUAGGUACAGCAGCAUCGGUACCAAACUGUCAGCCCAUCACAAGCAAAAAUCGUCUUACGGUAUGUCGUACGAAUCGCGUCGUAACACGACCGAAAGCGGAAGCAGCGAAUCCGAAUUUGUGACGGAUGGUAUAGAUCCAGCGCGAUCGCUCACAUUGAAGAUCCGCCUGAAUCCUAUGGAUUUCGAGUACUUCACUUCCGUCGUCAGAAGCGACGAGGAACAGAAAUGGCAGACGGCGCUUUACGAACUUCCCUCCCGGCCAGCGAAGAAAACUCCAAGAGAUUACGUAGACGAGCGGAUCGAAGAUGUUCUAGAUUCGAGGAUCAGCAAUUUCGAGACGAGCCUUUUGAUCAUUCAAUUACUUCAAGGAUUGCGCGACUACGAUACUCCAGCCGAGCAAACGCCGGCCAUACAAGUUCUAAAGUUUGCCUUGGACACAUUGUGGUCCCUGCAAUUCGGUAUAGAUGGCGGCGGGUUGACCGGAACCGAGUGCGCGACGUUAAAAGCUUCUGCCGCCAGGCUUAUGCUUACGGCAUUGGAACGCGUGUUAAGAGCGAACGAACCAACCACUGCUGUCAUUCAUAACGGUUUGUUGCCCAUGACGUUGAGAUUGCUCGAGGACGCUUGCAGCAAGCCGGUGAACGUGCUUUCGCCCGAGGAGGGCUCGCUUCUUCAAGAAUUCAUUUUCGCCAUUAUCUACGGAGUAAUAACGUUUCUUUAUUGUUUGCUACAUCAACAAGGUACGGCGAUAGAGAAAUUAUCAGACUUUUUAGAACUGUUUCAACUGUUCACCGAGAGCCAGGAAGGAAGGCUGGUGGAGAGGACAAUUUUUGCGAUUCUUGAUUUACCGAGCGUCGAUCCAUCGAGGUCAGUAACACGUGCUCGAAAAGUCAUUGAUAUGAUAGGUGCGUUAACGAGUAGUUUGAAAUCCGUGCGACGUGAUAUUUCUCAUGUAGCUAAUUGCAACAGAGCAAAACACAAAUCUUGCAUCAAUAACGUUCAGAUUUAUCACCAUUCGGAUAUGUUUGGGGCGUCGUACGCUCAACCGAUCGUCGGUACAGUUAUGAAACAAGCAUGUUGCAUUUCCUCUCUUUUUAUGAUACUCGCUAAUCUUCUUAAACACUCUCACCCCCUCAUCACCGAGUUACAAGUUAGAUUGAUUAAAGUUUUUACCGCGGCAGGCACCUGUUGCUGUUUCCCACCCAGCAUACUCAUGAUUAGUAUCGCGACUUUUUUGAAGAAACGUGAUCCGCCAACUUACGUUACAGCCGUGGCAUUUUUAGAGCGUAUCUUUUUCAAAGAGCUCGGUGGGUAUGCAGAAUCGGAAGUGUGUACCGUCUGUGACAGGCCCUCGACAUAUUCUUGGGACUUUUUGGACAUGUACACAGAUUUGUUGACACCGGAUGAUCCAAAAUUGUGCUACACCGUAAUGGCGCAUCUUUUAAAAAUUGGCCCAUGUUCCAAAUUUCAUAUUAGGCGGGAAUUACUCCUGAAAGUUUUCUAUCCGAUCUUCUUGAAAGCUAAGGCCUAUUACACAGCCGACCAAGAAAAUACGAUCGCAAAGUUUCUCGUUCAAUCUUGCCUCUGCGCGAUGUCGUGCUUGAUGGUAAACGCACAAAUGUGCGAGGCAUUCACCGAGAUUAACGGAUUGGAGGAAACAUUGAUCUUGCUGUCGGACACGACCUUCACGAGAAACGUUUACGCUCUCUUAGAAAUCACCGUCAUUGUAGAGAUUUGGAAGACGAAUUUUCCCGAAUCCGAUUCUUUGGAUUAUAAUACCGAGAAAUUCGCGCUUCGAUCUCUGUUCAAUUCUCUCGAGACAGAAACGAGUGAAUUAUUGUCUGUUUUUACAAAUUCGAUGGAUACUCUGGUUGAUGGCAAACACAUCGUACAAGUGGCUCGAUCAAAUGUUCGGGAUAUUGAAGAAACAGGCACCAUCGUAGCGCAAGAAUCAAGCACAUUCCAAGAACAGAUUAUAAAGAGAAAAUCAUCCAAUACGAUUUCCUGGGUUCCAAAAGUAUUUGACAAUCCUGAGAUCGGUACUUCGUGCCAAGAUCACGAAACAGACGCGAUUAAGAAAAUGAAUCUAUAUCAGGCCAGCGUCGCGUGGAGAGCCGCAGCUGGAGUUGCACUUUGCAGCCCAAAAUUUCGUGCUCAAUUGUCGUCACACUCUGUCUCGCAAAAAUCUUUGCAGCUUUUCAUAAUGCUAGCCGUACAUAUAUCCACGGAUAGUAUCACAGAUAUUAACAAAUCAGCUCACAGACUUUUCGAGGCUUUGCUCACGUGUUGUUUAACAUCCCCGUCGUGUGAUCGAGAUAUAAUUAUGGAAUUGGGGAAAGCUCUGAUGAACACGGGAAUUAAAUUAGGCCGUGGAUUAACUAUCAUCGUGGAGGUAUUAUUGAAAGUUUCUAUGUUAAAACCAGCACAAGAAGAGACUAUACCUCAAUAUACUCGUCCUAGGUUACCGUCAAUGACACUAGACUCAAUGCCAGAUUGUGUCGCCGAUGAUAGUAGUACAGGUGAAUACGUGACUGCUGAUGAUGGUUAUGAAGCAGAUGUAGAAGUACCAGCGCAAAGCCUCCACAAUAAUACCGUAAAAAGAAGUAAUUCCUUGGGACCGGUGAUUGAACCCAGAGGCCAUGCAAAUGCUCAUCCAGCAUUAUGUUUGUUGGCAGUUGAUUUGUUAAUUCAUUUCAGUGAACAAGGUUUGGAUGUUGAAAGAGCAUUCAUUAUAACUACUGGUUUACGAAAGGUUGCAGUCACAUGUAGAGAAAGUGCCUCGAGUUGUGCCGCUCUUGCGGGUGCAGGAGUAAUUACAAAAAUGUUACAUGGCUUUAAACAUAUAUUUAAUAGUAGAAAUACUGAAUAUCAAGAUCUGCAACAUGCUGUACUAGAAGUGUUUACUUUGUUAGCAACACAAUCGAUUUCACCAUCGGAACUAGUCAUAUAUUUAUCUUUAUUCAAAGUUGAUACGCCUCCGUUACUAUCGUUGCUGGAACCACUUUUUCAUUUAAUUCUAGCUGCACGCCCGCAACCUAACUUCAUCAUAUCUUUUCCUGUAUCCUCUGAUAGUAAAAUGUUAUUAAAAAUUCAAUCGGAAAAAUAUAAAAAUUUAGAAAAGGUAGAAAAUCUCGUAAAUAAUUUCCGAAAAAAACAUUUUACAUUGGGAAUAUGCAGUCCAUGGUCUGUACAUGCAACGUGUUUACCAAUUGGCCCAGAAUUAGCUUGGCCAGUUUGGUUACAUGGUUGCUCUGUUUCAAUGUGGUUGAGGGUUGAAAGAGGAUUACCUGUUAGUGGCAAAGGAACAUUGAUUAGUACCUCACCGCUACUCGAUUCAGACAAUGAAAGUUUAUCGGAUUGGGGUAUUCUAUCUGACAAUUGGAGUCGCGAAGUCGUAGCAGGUUCAUCAUCUCCUCCUACACCAACAUCGAUUAUUCAUAUGAUGUCCAUCGGAUUUGAGUCUCUGGUGCUUGAAACAUGGUUAGAUCUUAGAUCAGACAAGUUAAUUUUACGAUUAACUCGACCGGAUGACAAAACGAAUCGAACUAUCUCUGAAACAUCUGUAACUGGUAUGCUUCCUUCAGGUCAAUGGCAUCAUUUAGCAUUGAAUUUUAAAGACACGGUUUUAAAUAAACGUAGCGCGGUGGUCCAGGUUGUGCUUUGGGUAGAUGGCUGGAGAGAAAUCAAUGCGCAAUUACCAUUUGACGGAUUGUUAGUGAGAAAACCUGGAACUACAUGCGUUCUAUUAGGACAACUUGGAUCUAGUACUAUCGGUGCUUGGUAUCUUGGAAAUUUAAUGGUAUUCAGGUGUCCAGUAUUUACUAAAGAAAAAGCAUUGUAUCUGGCAAGUUUAGGACCUAAUUACACUAAUCUCGCGGAAUGUAUCUUAAACACAGAUAAACCAGAUUUUACAUCAUUAAUUGUAUCUGGCGCUUUAGAUGGUGUUCGAGAAAUAAAAUUUGAAGGAGGAAAAUUUGAUACAAAUCGAAGAAAAUCAUAUGGCGGAACUUAUUUAAGACAUGCUGUUGAAACUAAAGUAUCAGAGACCAAAAUUGAUUGGGAUUCAGUUAUGGAUGCUACGAAUUCACAUUUGGGUGAAUUGCAAGAUAAUUUACUUCUUAAUUACGAGGCUCAAAAUCCUAACAUCGUUCAUUUAUAUCCUCAGGCUAUCGCAAAUCCAGCUGCUGUGGUAAGAAAUCUAUUUCCGGGUCAACCUGGUUUUAGGGUUGUUUCUGCACCGGAACAUAGAGUGUCACAGCAACCACCUUUAUCUGUGGCCCCGAUACUUUCCGCUCGCUUAGAAUGUCAACAAUAUCGAGGUCUUGUACCUGCUGCCAUUUUAAUAGGCGGUAUACCUGUAUUUUUAUAUUUGUUCGCAAGAGUAGUUGAAUUAAAUUCUAAAGAGGAAGAACAAGCAUUAGCUCUUUCAAUAAUUCUACACUUAAUACGAAAUGAUUCCGAAUUUUUAAAUCAGUAUCGAUCAGAAGGUGGAACGUCUUUAAUCUUACGCAUUUUAGAAUCAUCACGCUGUCACGCAGGUAGACAUAUUCUGAAAGCAAUGUUAGAUGCAGCUUGUGAUAGUUCGAUCCUAAUAAAAGAUAUCGGCAGCGGUAAUCAUUUGGUCUCACAAAAUUGCGAAGCUGUCAUCACGGAUCCCGAAUUGAUCAAAGGUGCAUUGACCGCGUGGAGAAUAUGGGCCAAACAUGAUACAUUAAACUUGCUAUUGCAGGCAUUGUUAUUAUUAUUAAAAGAUCAACAUUCACAACGUGAAUUUAAUGCAUCUCAAUUAAAUAGGAUUGGAGUCGUUGAUACUGUUUUAACAUUAUGCAAGGAGCAUUUUAUGUAUGAAGAAUUGGGUGCUACGCUUGAUUCUUCAACUGGAACUGCAGUGGUUGAAUUGGUUAGAGCACUUAUGGGAGCACCUCCAGAAUUUGCUCAUUUAGUAGCUAUUACUGAUUAUUUAAUUCUGGUUCAUCAAGCAUCCGAAACUUAUAUCACACACUCGAGACACAAUAUAUAUUUUUUAUUACCUCCUAUAGGGGAAAAGAAAGUUGUAAAUAUUGCCUCUAUAAUAACUUCUAGUUCUUCAGAUGAAUCUAUAAAAACUUUUGAAAACAAUAAAUUAAAUAAAGGUUUAACAAAUUCACAGAUUCAGAAAAAUAGAAUGCCUAAAAGAAAAGAACGUCGAAAUGGACCUUCUCAGGAUACUAGUGCUGGAGAAGAUUCAGGAAUCGCGGCUAGUGAUGGAUCUAAUCCUUUUGGUAAUGAAAAGCAAUCGAUAUGGACUGACGAAAAAAAAGCUUGUCAAGGUCUAGUUUGCGAAGGACUUUUAUUAUUACUUCGUGAUGCAGUUAGAGUUUUACCUGAUAGUCAAGUUGGAUCAGUUUUAAAACAUGUUUUAAGAGCUGAACUUUUACUUGUAUUGGCUAAUAAUCCGGAUACUAGAGUUCGUACCGCGUUAAUUAAGCUCGUUCAAACAUAUUUACAACGUGCUAGUGAUGAAGAAGUCAAUAAAUUUAUAAAACAAAAAUAUUUUAUACAUUUAGCAAACCAAAUAGCAUUAUAUCCUGGAAGUGAAUCAUUAAUAAUUGCUUUAGAAAAUUUGGCUUUGCGAGGUCCAACUUUGGCUGCAAUGCCUCCAUUAUUGGCUAUAAUAGCUAAAACAACAGCUACUGAAUCAAAUGUAGCCAAACCAAUAAUAUCAUUUAUCACUGAUAUAAUUGCAAAGAAUCCCACUGCUUUGAGAUCGCUUUUAGAACAAGGUUUAAUUGAAUCUUUAGUACAAGCAUUAGUAGGAAGUGCUCAUAAAGGUGGUUCUACAUCCCUUUAUCGAGAUAUUCAUGUACUUCUUGUUACCAUUGCUACAAAACUUUUGGAAUCUCCAGGAAAUCAUCAAAUGCAGGCUAUUCUAGAUUUGCAUUUAAUAUUGAACCAUAUGGAAUUGAAAGAAAGAUCUCAUUGUAUUAAAAACAGAACAUGUGUGUCAAUUGUGAGAGAUGCACAAGUAGCACUUUUUGAUGGAGAACUCGAUGUGCUUACAGCGAAAGUUUCAAAUCAAUCAAGUUUCCGAUUACGUAGUACUGCAUCAUAUUUGGCUUCAGCUUCUCACAUAACUUCAGUUUUCACUACGUCUAGUAAUCAAAGUGAUGGUUCUCGAUCAUCUAGUUACACGAGUUUGCAUACACCUUCUGUUGUAACUACCCGUGAACCAAGCAAAGGAGAAUUACUCGAUCGAUUUCGCAUUAUUCUUACGCGUGCUGUCGAAUUUAUAACUGCAGCGGAUGAAUCACCUUCUGGAAACGAGUUACAAUUAACUAAAAGAUUAUUAUCAAUUUUAUUACAUGGUUUUUGUAAUCCAUUACAAAAGAGAAAUCAUUGGAGUAGUGGAUGGUCAACUAGACAUGUUUUAAGAAAAUAUACAGCUAAAAUAAUGGUAUGGUUACUUGGACCACAUCAGAGUAAUAAUACUAGGAUAUUUGCUGUCAGAUCACUAAUGGAAGAACCAAAAACUCGAGAAAUUCUGUCUUCUCUUCUCGAAGUUCAUCCACAAGUAGAACAAAAAUUUACUGUAUUUUUUUGGGAUCUUUUACAACGACGAGACGAAAUGCCUAGCGCUGAUGCUAGAAUAUGUGUAGAAUUAAAAGAAGCUCUGAAUAUAUGGGAUUUGGCAAAAGGUAUAGAGCAAGCUAGUCCUGGAAUAUGGAAUGAAGAAUUAACUUUGCUUAGAAGAGAACUGAUGAGAGAUCGAGAUAUAUGGAUUGAUAAUAAUCUACCUGCAAUUCAAAGAAUUGCCAAUAGGUUUGAUGUACUUGCAAAACAAUUAACAGAAAGUGCAAUGGCUAUAACGCGUACAGUUGUAGAAGAACAAAAUCGAGAACGUAAAGUAUUAAUGGAAAGACUGAAACAUUCAAGAGCAAUGGAAGCUCAAGCAAUUGCUAAAUGGAGAGAUUUAGCAAGACGUUUGACUCAUGAAAGAGCACCUUGGUUCUUUUCAAAUAGCUAUCCAAAAAAUUGGGAAUUGGAUCCUACAGAAGGUCCUGCCAGAGUUAGAAUACGAUUACAACGAUGUCAUUUAAACAUUGAUCGAAGAUUUUUUUUGAAUGAAUAUCAAGAUAAACUAGAUACAGUAGGAGUUGAAGCACCUUUAUCUUAUUUAUUUACGACUAAUCGACAAGAUGCAAAUGCUACAGCAUUAAUUGAGCGAUUGCAUACUAGCGAGAGAAUACGUAAAAUGUCUCAAGCAAAAGUAGUUACACCUAGAGCUGAAUUAGCUGGGGAAGUUCUCAUUGGUGAAACGUGUCUUUAUUUUAUUCCUGAUAAUCCUGAUGUUUUGUUGCACACUGAUAUAGCUUUAGGUGGUUUGGAUUUAGCUAUGGUAGGUGGCACAGCUUGGCGUCUCGAGGAUAUUCGAGAACUGCAUAAGAGAAGAUAUCAAUUGCAAGAAAGAGCUAUUGAAAUAUUCCUUAUUACUGGAAGAACUUAUUUAUUAGCAUUUAAUUCUUCAAAGGAAAGAGAUGAAUUUGUAACGGAGUUAUCUACUUGUAAUUUACCGAGACGAAUACCAGGUGAUGAUUUAAGUGAAUCUAUUUCAUUGUGGAGAAGUGGAGCAUUAACAAAUUGGGAAUAUAUUACUUGUUUAAAUAAAUUAGCUGGUCGUUCAUAUAAUGAUUUAAUGCAAUAUCCUGUAUUUCCAUUUGUAUUAGCAGAUUAUAUAAGCGAAAAAAUUGAUUUAAAUAAUUUAAAAAUUUAUCGAAAUUUCAAACGUCCUAUGGCUGUGCAAGAUAAAAAGAAUGAACAGCAUUAUAUAAAUAAUUAUAACUAUCUUAAGCAAGCCUUAUCAGAAGGUUUAAACUUAAUUGCAUUGAAUCAAGAACCAUUUCAUUAUGGAUCACAUUAUAGUAAUUCCGGAACAGUGCUCCACUUUUUAGUACGAUUACCGCCAUUUACUAGCAUGUUUUAUGUUAUCAAGAUGCGUGGCGGAUAG